AUGAGUUCUACAACUGGUGAAUGUUUAUGUAGAGAAAUUAAAAUUUCGAUUGCUAAGGAAGCACUCGAUGGAGAUGGCAAAAUUUGUUUAUGUCACUGCAAGAACUGUCGUCAAGCUACCGGCUCUAUGGCAUCAACCAAUAUUAUUGUUCCGGAAUCGGCUGUGAGAAUCAUCGGACAACCAAAAAUUUAUCAAGAUAGUAAAACCGAUAGUGGAAAGACGGUUCAACGUGCUUUUUGUGAUAACUGUGGCAGUCCAAUUUAUUCAUCUACACCGAGUAUACCUGGUGCCUGGAUCAUCAAAAUGGGAUUAUUUGAUGAUAUUCCUAAACCAUCAAUGGAAGUCUAUUGUAAAUCAAGACUGUCUUGGAACAAACCAAUUGAUGGUGCAAAACAAUUUGAUACAAUGCCAACUAGAGGUCUGCGGGACAAACUUUCUCGUGUCCCGAAUCCUGCUUGUCCCGUCCCGAAAGUUUUUGAAUUGUCCCGAUCCCGUUUGUCCCGUCCCGAAAAUUUUUCGGGACAGUCCCGAUUGUCCCGCGGGACAGGACAAACGGGAUUUUUCGAGUUUCGGAACUGUCCCGCAGUACUCUAUUUCAUAGACUUAUAUUUAAUUGAGCAAUAAAAUAAUUUAAAUAAGCAAUAAUUAAAUUUAGCAGUAAUAAUACUGAACGAGCAAUAAUUUAUUUAAAUUGAAGGUAAACUUUAUAUAAGAUAAAUUUUCUAUGAAAAGGGUGCGAGAUCUCAAUCUCAUCGUAUUUAUAUAUGUAUCAGUCUAUGUGUAUCUCCUAUAUCUGCAUCAGGGUUCCCGAUUGUUUUGAAAAGUGGGAGGGGCUAAAAAUUCGGCAGAAAGUCUAAAAAUUUUGGCAGAAAGUCCAAAAAUUUUGGCUGAAAGUGCCUCACCUGACUUUUCGGCAGAAACUGAACAACGAAUGCUAAUUUGAUCGACUGUCUACGAGCUUUUGUUGACAGAAAGUAUUGUCCUUCGACUUUCUGCCAGAAAAAUGGUGAUUAGUGCUUAAAAAUUGAGUUUUUGCCAGAUAUUACUAUGAAAUUUUCAAAAAUUUGGCAGAAAGUGUAAGAAAUUUUCGCAGAAAGUCGGACAUUUUUUCAAGUUUUGGGGGGGGGGCAAGCCCCCCCCAGCCCCCCCCCUAAUCGGGAAGCCUGAUCUGCAUCCAUAUAAGAAACGUAACGCUAUAUAUAGGGCGAUGGCAAGUGCUGGAAAAUCCAUAAGAUGGAAAAUCUCAUAGAUGAUGAACAACGAAAGAAAAAUCCAUGGAACAGCAUGAAAGCAAGAAGAAUAGAAAGAAAGGAAAAGUCCAUCAGAUAUAUAUGAGAGGAAAGGAAAAUGCCGAUCAUUCCUUAAAAUUAUAUUUGCAAGCACAUCAUUGGUAUAUCCAUCAGGCUAAAAUAUUGUAAAACUCCACCACAGACAAAAAAUGUGGAAAUAGAUACAAAAAAGAAAAAGACACAGACCAUCUAAAGUAAAGAAAAGCUUUAUUGACAUAAUAAUGUACUCCGUUUUCAUUUUUCUUUUUUUUUAUUUUCAAUUGUAACUGACAAGAAUGUAGUUUCUCUUUUUUUUAUUCCUAAAAUAUGAAAUGACUACUGCGAUUUAAUGAAUUAACUAUUGUACGUUUAGUAGUGUAAAAUUGCUUAAAUAAAUUAUUUUUAUUGCUUGAAAAUUAUUGCUAGAUUAUAUUUCAAUUAUUGCUCAUUUCAAUAUUUUUAUUGCUCAAAUAAAUACUAGCCUAUUUCAUAUACGGAUGAAAAAUUCGGGACAUAGAUUUUUUCUAUAUUGUCCCGAUCCCGUUUGUCCCGUCCCGAAAAUUUUUCGGGACAAACGGGAUUUUUCGGGAUUCGGGACUGUCCCGCAGUACUCUAAUGCCAACACAACAAUUAUAAUAUUCGGAUUUGAUUAAUAACUUUUCGUAAUUUUUUUUUUUGUAGUUAGUUUUUAUUUGAAAUUUUUUCUUUCUAUGAAGUCUGUUUUUCUAUUAUGAACACACGAACUAUGCUAUAUUUUGUAGGCAAAUCUCAGUAAAUAUUAAACAUAUUGAAUUCUGUAAUUGCGAUAAAAAUUGAAGAUUCUUAUUUUAUAGUAGAACAUCAAUCUUUCUUGUCAUACUCCUCUAGAAAUAUAUUGCUUAUUCGUUGAAGAAAUCAUCGAAAGCUUUUCAAAAGUAAACACAUUUUUCGAACAGGAUUUAUUCAUCUAUUGCUUUUUGCAUAAAACCAAUUGUUUCCUAUAGAUCAAUUCUUAUCUGAACUUUUGUCGAGAUAAUGAAGAACUGCCAUCUUGUCACCAUAAUAUAAAAUAAUUGAUGCAAAUUUGAAUUCAAAUGUUGAGAUUUGUCUAAUGUGUAGUUAAGUUCCAGUGCAGAUAUACAGUUAACUAAUGAAAAAGCCAAAAUAAUCAUUUUGCUAUCACUAUCGAUCUUUACAUAGAAUAACUCAUCAUUAUAGCUAAUUCACUAAUGAGUUUGUGUUUAAUCGAAGUUUGAUGACUGAAAUUCUUCUCAAACUUAAACUUCCUUUUUCAGUUUGUUAUAGAAAGAUCGAUAUAGAAAGGAAAGAAAUGAUAGCUCUAUUGAAUACUGACGAGAAUUCCCUGCGGUUUGCUGUUGUUUUUCCAUUCAUCUCCCAUGUGAAAAUCAAACGCAGAUGAGACGCGUUUAAACGCGUUUAUAAACGUAUCUUGAUGCGUUUCGACUUAAAGGCACGGAUGAAACGCGUGCAAACGUGUUUCAUAGAUGCGUCUAAACGCGCUUGUACUAAUGAUUGCAUUCAAACGCAUCUUAGAUAGAAACGCGUCUAUUUGUUGUUUUCUGCAAAAUACGACUACACGCGUUUCAACGAACGCUCGCGUUCAAACGCGUCUCAAUUGGAAAU